UACAUAAAGUUUGAAUUAUUCAUACGAAAAGAAAACAAUCGAGUAAAAACAAGGAUGGGAUCGUCAGGAGAAUGGCUAGAGAAAGCACUGCUGGAGCUUUGCAACAAGAAGACCGGGUCAGGUCUUGGUCUAGAACUCGAUUCGGAUCUUAUUUCGGGUCUCGUCUCCUACUGUGAAUGCGCUUCUCCUCUCGACGCCAAAGAAUAUCUUGACAAUAUAAUCGGCGAGGAGGCUGGCAAAGGCGUGACUGAGGAAUACUUAAAGCAGAGAGGGCACUCUGAUAUAGACAACACUACUUUAGAUGGUUCAGGUUUGAAGUUACAUGCAUAUGUCAAACCACCCUCGAAUGAAAGUUCGAGCAGUGGUGUUAAAAAAGCACCUAAAAUACAGAGAGAGGCUGCCAUCUCCUCUAAGAAGGAUUAUGCGGUCCAAUCAGAAAGAGUUGAACCAAAAGCCGCUGAAAAAGGAAAUUCUAAGAAGAAAAAAUCUGGAAAAGUUAUCUCUCUUGCUGAGGCUGCCAAGGGGACUAUAGUUUAUCAGCAGGGUAAACCAUGUUCAUGUCAAGCUCGAAGGCACAGACUUAUUAGUAAUUGUUUAUCUUGUGGAAAGAUUGUUUGUGAGCAGGAAGGAGAGGGCCCCUGCAACUUUUGUGGCGCCCUUGUCUUGAGGGAAGGAAGCUCUUAUGCUGGCUUGGAAGUAAGUGAAAUUCCUCUCUCUGACACUGAGGUGGCAGCUCAAGCAUAUGCUAAGAGAUUGGUUGACUAUGACCGAAACUCCGCAGCACGCACAACAGUUAUAGAUGACCAAAGUGACUACUACAACAUUGAGGGGAAUAGCUGGAUUUCACCAGAGGAAAAAGAACUCCUAAGGAAGAAACAGGAGGAGAUCGAGGAGGAUGAGCGAGCCAAGCGUAGCAAAGUUGUCAUGACUUUCGACCUAGUUGGCCGCAAGGUACUUAUGAAUGAAGAUGAAAUAUCUGAAGAAUUUCAGAACAGUUUACUACUGCGACCAGCUGACGAAAGAGAAGCAAACCGAAUCAAACCGAACCCGAGCCUCACAGUGCAACCAGUAUUUGUGGACCCAGGCCCCAGCAAGAAAUCUACAAAGGGGUCGUUGAGAACAGGCAUAGCUAAUGGUUUGUGCUUGGAGAUCAGUGGGAGGAUUCAGCAUGAUUCUAAGGAGUUGAGCAUUUUGUGAGAGUAGAAAAGGAGAUAAUAGAAAAUGCGGAAAGUUGUAAGAAAUGGGGGAAAAAAGCUUUCCUCACUAGGGCUUCGGUUGAAGAGGCGUCAAAUAUAUUGAUAUUCUUAAGUACUCGUGAUGCUUGAUUUUAUAUGAGAAAUUGCUAUAUUGUCCAGAAAUCUUUACUGCCUUGAUGUAUAUCGAAUACUGGACGCUGUACAACAAAUUUUCAAGAUAGCUUCGUACUUGAUGACUUUGUGCAGUUGCAGAAA